UAUCUAGGACUUAUCACUGAAAAACGUGUUUUAAAAGGUUUGGUGUCCAUAUGGGCAACUAGCGCUGUAAUUGCUUUCAUAUUUAUUGCCCUUCCCGAAGACAAUAACUUGGUACAAGCGGCUGUUGACUUUGCUGGCCUUCUCUUGACAUCGGUGGCAUAUGUUCGUAUCUACAAAAUAGUCAGAUAUCAUCAGAAUGAAAUUCAAUGUAUCCAAAUCCAGCUGCAAAAUACCCAGACAACAGAGCUGCUCCGACAAAAGAAAUCUGCCUUCAACACUUUGUUCGUCUAUGUUGUUUUCCUUAUUUGUUAUCUUCCUCUUAUUUUUUCUGCAGUACUGAACACAACAAACGUAUCUCCAAUCCCCGUUUUGAUGGCUCAUAAUUUUACAGAGUUUUUAGUUCUCCUAAAUUCUUCUUUAAAUCCUUUUAUCCUCUGCUGGCGAUAUCGAGAAAUUCGGCAGAUUGUGACCAGUAUUGUAAUAAAGAAGUUGAGA